AUGGAGGAGGAGAUUUUUGUUAAGACUUUAAGCAAAAGGUCUAUUUUCAAAUUGAAGGUAAAAACUAAUGAUUCUAUUAACACGAUCAAGAAUAUAGUGGUUGAUAAGCUAACUCUAGCCGAUCAACAAGAAUAUAUGAUAUUUUUCAAUAAUGAAUACAAACCUCUAAGUUCUAUAGAAAAACUUGAAGAUGCAAAAUUUGCUGGAACAAAUAAAUCUCAUAAGUGCACCUUAAUAUUGACGGAGGGAGAUUCCGCCAAAGCAUUUGUUAUGAGUGGAUUGUCUUCAAUAAUCAACGGUGAAGACAUCUAUGGCGUAUUUCCACUAAAAGGAAAGAUUCCAAACAUACGCAGGAGGUCUAGGCUAAAUGACAUAAUAAACAAUGAAGAAAUUCAAAGUUUUAUUACUAUUUUAGGACUUAGAGGAAAAAAAGAAAAUGAUAUUUAUAAAUCUGGCUCAAAUUCUUUGAGAUACGGUCAUGUGAUGAUAAUGAGCGAUCCUGAUUAUGACGGCUCACACUUUAAAGGACUUGUCAUAAAUUUGUUAUACAUGUUAUGCCCUUCACUACUGAAAUGUCCGAAUUUUUUGUCUCAUCUUCUCACACCAAUAGUCAAGAUUUCUAAAUCGGGGAUAAAACAAUCAUUUUAUUUCCAUAAGCAAUAUGAAACAUGGGAAAAAGAAUGCCAGGAUUCAUCUACUUGGGAGAUAAGUUACUACAAGGGUUUGAGUACAAACACUUCUGAGGAAGCGGUGGAGUACUUUCAAAACAUUGAAGAGCAUAAAAAAAGUUUUAUUUGGAAAAGUGAAGAUGAUCAGGCUAUUGAACUGCCAUUUGAUCCUAAAAAUACAUCGGGUAGAAAAGAUUGGAUCAGAAAUUUUAAGCAUGAGAAUCCGAAGACCUACCUACAAGCGAGUACUACCAGCUAUGCAGACUUCAUCCACUCAGAGUUAAUAUUGUAUUCAAUAGCUAAUAUUCAAAGGAGGAUUCCCUCAUUAGUUGACGGAUUUAACAAAGUUCAGAGAAAGGUUAUUUUUUCCUUGUUUCUACGUGAAGAAAUCAAACUAGUAAAACCAACAUAUGUUGGCAAUUUAAUUGGUUAUGUGUCUGAGCACACCUGCUAUCACCAUAACGAAGUUUCUAUUGCCGACGCAAUUAUUAAAAUGGCGCAAGAUCAUAUGAAUAGUAAUAACAUAAAUCUUCUCUUACCAUUGGGUCAUUUUGGUAGUUCUAAAUUGCAAGGUAAAGAUCAUGCAGCUUAUAGAUACAUACGCACUCAACUUAAUUGUAUUACUAGAUACAUAUUCCUUAAAGAUGAUGAUAUGUUUCUUGAUUACUUAAAUGAAGAUGGAGUGUCAGUAGAACCAUAUUGCUACAGACCAAUAAUACCCAUGAUUCUUGUCAAUGGUUGUGUAGCAAUGAGUGUGGGUUGGAUUUCAUAUAUUCCAAAGUAUCAUCCAAUGCGUAUUAUUAGAAAUAUUAAAAGUUGGUUGAAGGAUAGGACAAUGAAGCAAUUAGUUCCAUGGUACAAAGGAUUUAGAGACAAGAAAUCUUUUUUGGUGAAUGGCAAAGUGGAAAUAACAGGUUUAAAUAGCUUUGAAAUACAAGAGAUUCCUUUCACUCGGUGGUCUACAGAAACUUACAAAAAGUUUCUUACAUCUCUAACUAAGGGGCCUCGUGGAGAAACACCUCGCAUCAAGGUAAAUGACCUAAAUAAAUAA